AUGCCGCAAUAUACUUUGACAGUCAAGAUAGAUACAAGCACUGUUACUUGGAGCGAUGAGUACGACAUUGCUGCCAGCCAGGACGGCUUUAACAACGGCAGUAAGUACCCCUCCAUGUAUUUACCAAUGCUGCUGACUGCUGAGUGGGGAACAUGGCCUCAACUGAUAGACUGGGCUGAGAAUCUCAACGACGAUUCUCAAGCUCAGAGAGGAAUCCGCUUCGUGGACAGGGAGGUCAAUGGCUGGAAGAUCUCCAUCUACGUUAGCGCCGACGGACUACAACGCAGGGUACGGAGGAGAUAA